UGUUUCUUUUCCGAUAAACAUUUGGCCAGAGCUUGUGCUGCACCCCUUUCCAAAAAGGAAAAGAGUUGGAAAGAAAAAAAAAAAGUUAGCCCGUGAAUGUGAGAUAUAUUUUCCCUUGGAAAAAGACGAUUUCGAAAACCAAAAUCAACGCGAGGACAUGAUUGAACACUAUGGACAACACAAAGAAACCCAUCUAAAGUUGUACACCAUGUGAGUGAAACUUAGCAAACUGUUGUCGUUAUAGCGAUCACUGUAAUGCAAAUCACUGAUAAAACAUCAGUGGGUUUGUUCGUUUUCUCUGUUCUUCAAAUGGGGUUUCCUCGUUUUUUGGUUUUAUUUCUCUUCGUCAUUUCCUCUGUCGAUUGCCAGGUUAAAGAGUUCGUCAGUUUAGACUGUGGAGGCACGAAGAACUACACCGACCCAGUUACCGGCCUGACAUGGAUUUCCGACGCCGAAAUCAUGAACGCCGGCAGCUCAUUGCCAGUGGAAAACCCAAAUGGAAACUCGAUGCAGUACCAAACACGGAGGGACUUCCCAAUCGAUGACAAGAAGUACUGUUACACUUUGAGCACAGAGGAGAGGAGGAGGUAUUUGGUUCGAGCGACUUUUCAAUAUGGGAGUUUGAGAAAUGAAGAGACAUACCCUAAAUUUCAGCUCUAUUUGGACGCAACCAAGUGGUCGACUGUUACGAUUUUCGAUGCUUCGAGAGUUUAUGUGAAGGAGAUGAUCAUCAGGGCACCUUCUGAUUCCUUCGAUGUGUGCAUUUGUUGUGCGACAACUGGUUCUCCAUUCAUAUCCACUCUCGAGCUCCGGCCCUUUAAUCUUUCAAUGUAUGCAACUGAUUUUGAAGAUAAUUUCUUCUUGGAAGUAGCUGCUAGAGUGAAUUUUGGUGCUCUGACCAAAGAUGUGAUAAGGUACCCAGAUGAUCCAUAUGACAGAAUUUGGGAUUCAGAUCUUGAGAAGAGGCAAAAUUAUCUUGUGGGGGUGGCUCCUGGAACAGAAAGAAUCAGUACUUUGAACAACAUUGAUGUAAUGACACGUGAGUAUCCGCCGGUUAAGGUGAUGCAAACUGCUGUUCUUGGUACAAAAGGGGUGCUCAGCUACAGGUUGAAUUUGGAUGACUUUCCUGCCAAUGCCAGGGCUUAUGCAUACUUUGCUGAAAUUGAAGAUUUGGGUUCGAAUGAGACUCGGAAGUUCAAAUUGGAGGAACCGAACAUCCCGGACUCUAGCAAUGCAGUGGUGAAUAUUGCAGAGAAUGCAAAUGGGACCUAUACUCUUUAUGAACCGAGUUACAUGAAUGUGACACUGAGUUUCGUGCUUUCAUUCUCCUUUGUUAAGACCCGAGAUUCCACUCGAGGACCUCUGUUGAAUGCAUUGGAAAUUAGUAGAUAUGUUGAGAUUGCUGCCAAGACUGAUAAGAGAGACGUGACUGUAAUGAAUGCCUUUCGUAUCAUGUCAAGGGAGAAUGUUUGGACAAAUGAAGGCGAUCCUUGUGUUCCAACAAGCUGGGAAUGGAUGACCUGUACUGCCACGAAUCCACCGAGAAUAACUAAAAUUGAGCUAUCUAGAAAGAGCAUCGAGGGUGAAAUUCCAUCCGAGAUCAAUACUAUGGAUGCGGUAACAGAAUUGUGGUUAGAUGGUAAUUCCCUUGCAGGACCACUGCCUGACAUGAGCAAUCUAAUGAACUUGAAGAUUUUACAUCUAGAGAAUAACAAUUUGACAGGGCCAUUACCUUCUUACCUUGGUAGUUUGCCCAAUUUACAGGAACUAUACAUUCAAAACAAUACGUUUUCAGGUGAAAUACCUCCAGAAUUGUUGACAAGGAAACUCAUCUUUAAGUACGACGGUAACCUGGGACUGCACAAAAGUAAACGAUACGGGAUGCAUUCUAAGCUUAUAAUAGGAGUUUCAUUGGGAGUGCUUGUGAUUCUGUUCGUUGUACUUUUAGCAACUUUACUAUUACUCCGAAAGCUUCGAAAAAGAACGACGCUGUAUCAGAAAAGUAGUGAAAGAGGUGGUUCUCUGCAAACCAGCACCAAGCGCUCAACUGCCUACUCGAUCGGCAAGGGGGAUGAUGGCAUUGCCUACUAUAUAUCUCUCUCGGAUCUGGAAGAGGCAACGAAUAACUUCUCUAAGAAAAUUGGUAAAGGCAGCUUCGGAUCGGUCUGUUAUGGGAAAAUGAGAGAUGGAAAAGAAGUGGCAGUUAAAAUCAUGGCGGAGUCAUCUUCACAUGGGAAUCAGCAGUUUACGACUGAGGUCGCCCUCUUAUCGAGAAUUCAUCACAGAAAUUUGGUCCCUUUGAUAGGGUACUGCGAAGAAGAACAUCAACGAAUUCUGGUUUACGAAUAUAUGCAUAAUGGAACAUUGCGAGAUCAUUUAUAUGGUUUUACCAAUCAGAAGCGCUUGGACUGGCUUACUCGCUUGCACAUUGCUGAAGAUGCUGCUAAAGGGCUCGAAUACUUGCACACAGGAUGCAGUCCGAGUAUCAUUCAUCGAGACGUAAAAACAAGCAACAUCCUCCUCGACAUCAAUAUGAGAGCCAAAGUUUCCGACUUUGGACUAUCGAGGCAAGCGGAGGAAGAUUUGACCCAUGUAUCAAGCGUCGCUCGAGGAACAGUAGGCUACUUGGAUCCUGAGUACUAUGCUUGUCAACAACUGACCGAAAAGAGCGACGUGUAUAGUUUCGGUGUGGUUCUGCUGGAACUGAUCUCCGGGAAGAAACCUGUAUCACCAGAGGACUACGGUAGUGAAUUGAAUAUUGUGCACUGGGCGAGGUCCCUAGUUCAUAAAGGAGACGUGACGAGCAUCAUAGAUCCAUUUCUCGAAGGAAAUGUGAAGAUUGAAUCUGUGUGGAGAAUUGCUGAAGUUGCCAUACAGUGUGUGCAGCAGCAUGGAGUUUCUAGGCCAAGGAUGCAGGAAGUCAUCUUAGCCAUACAAGAUGCCAUUAAGAUUGAAAAUGGUACUGAAGGAAACCAGAAACUCUCUUCAGGCAGUUCAAAAGCACAGUCAUCCCGGAAAACUUUGCUCACCUCCUUUCUCGAAAUCGAGAGCCCCGACUUGUCGCACGGUUCCCUCCUUCCCUCUGCGAGAUAAGGCCCCGGCGCCUCUGCUACGCAUUUUCGGGUAAUGUAUGAUAAAACGAUCGGAUACUGUAACGAAACGAGACCUUGUUUGGUAGGAACACAACAAUAGGAACACUGACAACACAUCUUUACCUUUUCACUAUUCUCUAAUUGUUCACUUGUGAGCAAAAAGAUUUCAAAGUCCAAAUAUGCACAGCAAACAUAAUGACCAAUUGUGAUCACCAACUCAAAAGUCAUACAAUACUUGAUAGAGGUGCAUUGGUUCAUGAAUGAUAGUUAUUUCUUGAAUUAAUACACUUUUCUAA